CUUCCUGCCUUCUUCAGGCUCCUGGAACCUUUCCAGCCUCAAUGGACUGCCAAGAGAGCGAGUAUUUGGACGAGCAUGGGAAGUGCACCCCGUGUAGAACUUGUAUGCCUGGACAGGAGCUUUCCAAGGACUGUGGUGAUGGUGGAGGGGGGGAUGCACAGUGCGUUGCUUGCCCUCCCAGGAAGUUUAAGGAUAGCUGGGGACAUCAUGGCUGCAAACCCUGUCUAUCUUGCACUCUCAUCAACCGUGUCCAGAAAUCCAAUUGCACAGCGACUACCAAUGCGGUCUGUGGGGAAUGCCUGCCGGGGUUCUACCGUAAGGCCCGGAUCAGCGGGCAGCUCGACUGGGAGUGCAUCCCUUGCACCAAGCAGACGCCCUCCUCCGAGCCUCAGUGUCGGUCCAGAACAAACCUGGUGAAGGUAGCAGUCCCCACUGUACCACCACAAGACACAGCCCUUCUCGCACUGACCAGCAGUGCCCUGGUCAUCAUUGUACUGGUACUUCUGGCACUCUCCAUCAUCUACUGCAAGCGUUUUUGGAAGAGCCAGUGCCAGCGAGUCUUCCUGAGGACUCAGAAUUUCUCAGGCCAGCGAGCAAUGUUCCCAGCCUCAGCUGCGCCCGGCAGAUUUCUGUGUGAAGAACAGAUGUCUGGUCCCUGCUGCCUGGGUGUGAAGAACCUGAGUCCGUGCUACAGGCAGGCAGAAGGCCCAGUGGAAGCAGUUCAGUUCAUUUCAGAUGGAGAAGCCAUUGGUCUUCAACUCCCAGCUCUCCAGCCUGAACUGGAAGUGCCUCAGGCGACUGCCAUCAGCCCUGCUCCCAAAUCCCAGCUGGUGAGGAGCGUCCUGGAAACUCAGCCCCUGAUCAGGAACUCAGGCUGCAGCGACUGCUUGGCGGGGGUCUUGUCUCCCUCUGACUUCAGGCAAGGCCCAGCCGGGGUGGCAGAGGCCCUGGCCCCUCUCUCAUCGUGUGCCUCAGAAAUGCAGCACAAAUGGCCCCAUGCCCCGGUAGAGUGUACGGAGCUCGAUCUGCAGAAGUUCUCCACCCAGACGGACUUCGUGGGCAAUGAAAGAUCAGAGGAUGCGGUGAGCCGAGUGGCUCAGAGAAUCACAAAAGAGAACAACAGUGGAGUGCUUGAAGCAAAGAACGGACUCGUUUUGGAUCUGACAAGGGGCCUGUCCUCAGCCUUCCAAAAUCCUACUGCUGAAAGUGCAGAACAACCGGAGAACGAUGCCCAGAGCCUUCUGACUCAGAUCAGCAGCACUACGAAGGGUCUCCUAGUGGCAGAGCUGCCUCAUUCCUUGGUGCAGUCACUUGCCUUCUUGUUAGACCCUUCCUUGAAUGGUGUGAAGAAUUUCAGCCACGUGGCACUGGAGCUGGGGGUCACACCGCAACUGUUGGGCAGGAUAUCUGGAUUUGAGCAACUCGUCACUCACUUCACCUACUCAGGAGACACUGUCACCAUUCCUGUCCUGGCGCAAGCUCUGCAGCGACUCCAGCGGUUUGAUGCCUUGCUCCUGCUGUGUGAUCACUUUGCUCUCAGCCGGGUUCAGGGCCGCCAGUGCUAAGAGGAGACAGGGAAAGGACAGAGGAAACUCCACGCACUGUCUUUACUGGUAGGAGAGAGGAUCUGGUAGCACCGUGGUCACAUAAUCUCUUCAGUGUGCAUGUGGUGAUUAUGUGGAGAUGGUCUUUGCAUCGUGGAAUAGAAGCACAUGAGCAGGAACAUACCUCCUAGGAGAAGAGCAGAGGAGUGCUAGGGGGGUGACAACAUCAUGUAUCCUCACAAUCUUCUCUUCUGCCCAUGUGGGUAGUUGUGAGGUUUUUCUCAGGCCCCUCCAGAACCCAGAACCCAUUUUUCUUCAGCUGUAUUUACGUUCUUGUCCAUAAACUGAGUGGCCUCAUAGACCCUGUGCUAUCUGCUCUGUGGAUUGAUGAUGGUGUGUAACAGGCCUUAUUCUGUGCAAAUUGUUAGCCUUGUUGGUCUUGUGAUUGCUUCUCUAAGGCUCCUCAGCCACGUUCUGUGCUGAGGUUCGGUGUUUGUGGGCAGCCUUUGAGCUGUCUCUGGUGUGGUGGUGGAACAAUUCUUCAGGGCCUGUACAGGAGGGUCCUAAGUUAUCUUCUACUUUGAUGGCGCUGACUGUUGGUUUCUCCUCCUCAGUUGUGUGCAGCUUUCUUACAGGCCCAACAAUCACUUCUUUCCCAUUCCAGCUUUUCAGAUGUUGGACCUUCUUCAUUUGGCCAAUACUGUGUUUUUCUGGGUUCCUGUUGCUACUUUCUGAGUUUACUUUUUGUCUGCUCUUUCUCUGUGCACAGUUCUUGGAGGAGAACCUGCUUGACCAUUACCUCUGUGGCAGAGAGGGUUAAGCUUUCACUUUGUGUGCCACCCCGAAAUGGGGCAUGUUUAUUCCAUUUCCCUUUUAUGAAAUGGUACAAUUUUCUUAAAGGAAUUUUGGACUGAGCAUCAGGAUUUUUAAAUAUAUAUGCUUCUUAACGUUUAGUGCUGUAAUCCUCUCAGCCUGGGUAGCAAUCUAUUUGCUCGCUUCCCCAGUCUCCUGUUGAAUGCCUCUGCUCUGGUGUGCCACAUCUGUCUGCCAACAGCCUCCUUGCGGUGGAUGAGGUUUUAAGAGCUGCUGCUACGGUGAAACUUUGGGGUAGCACAGGCAGAGCUGCUUCCACUAAAUUCUGCAGAUGCCCGUGGAGACGGCUGGAGGCUUGUGACUAGAAAGCAGUUAGUGUCGUGCCAGCACCAGGCACAUAUGAAUUUGGCUGAAGACUGAAACUUCUUACCACAGCUUCAUUACAGGGAGUAUUAAAGUCACUGUGCCAAUAAUGGCAGAGCAGGCUUGUUUUAAAAUGAUCGUUUUCUGCCUAAAAAUGAUGGGAUUUUCUGGUCUCUGAGAGUGGCUGUCGUGGAAGGGAACACCCUUCUGCGUUCAAAUUGCUCCUGCAGGAUGCGUCAGAGCUUGCAACGGUUUCGCCUGCAUCAGGCUCUCCCGCGCUCUUCGAUGUUGUCCCCUAGGGCAGAUUCCACCGCUGGUGGCUACAGGUUUCCGGGCUGUUUUCAUGAAGCUGGCACCAGCUUCUGGGUUUUCUGUGUUAAGCAGGAUUUUACUGGGCAGUUUGACAGAUUGGAUUUGAGGGGAUGUGGUGGAAUAUGAAACAAUUGGAGUCAGUCAUGAGGCUGGAGAGAAGCUGCCACUUGGAAGCUAUGCGCUGACUGACAGAAGCGAUGUUACUACAAGCCUCUCGCUCCAGUAUUUUUGUCAGGGGCAAAUACUUGAGCAGAAAACGAGGCACGCCCCACACCUCCCAGGGAGAGGCCGUGCGGAGGCGGGUAGGCAUCUGGGGCUGGCCAUCAGCUGCAGGAAGCUGGCCCGCGGCAAAGACGUGUCAGUCUGCGAGACGGCUGCAGCAGGCAAGGCACGUGGCAAACGCCGCUAU